AUGUCUUCACGCCGAGGUGAUCGUUCGCGAUCAGAAUCUCCUCAACGAAAAAAACAUCAUUCAAUACGGGAUGAGGACGAAGAACACAUAAAAUCCAAAAAGGAAAAAAAGCACAAAAAAAAAAGUAGUCAUAAGCGACAACGGUCCGAGAGUGAUUCAGACGAUGCAUUAACUAAAUUACCUAAAGGAAUAACUCGUAAUAUACUUAAAUCUAAUUUAAACCUUGAAAUAGCUAUUUCGGAGGACGAUUAUUUUACAAAAUCAGCAGAAUUUCGUACUUGGCUUAGAGAAAAAAAAGAUAAAUUUUUCGAUGAAUUGUCUUCUGAACAGGCUCGCCGAUAUUUUAAGAAAUUCGUCAGUGCUUGGAAUAAAUACAAAUUAAACAAGAAAUAUUAUGAUGGUAUGAGAUCAUCACAACUGACGAGCUCAGAGACCACACGAUAUAAAUGGAAACAUUUGAAAGUUAAUCAGCAUGAACUUGAUGAACUUGAUACUAUCAAGCAUUCAGUAGACCGACAAACAAAUGUAAAAUUCGCGUCCGAAGUACAAAUAAGAUCAGAUAUGGAUCAAGAGGACAAAGAGCGGUAUGAACGAGCACUACGAAAAAAAGAUCGUAAGAAUUUUCAAGCAACACAUAACAUGGUUCUUGAGGAAUUAGUGCCGAAGGCUACAGGUAAAGAAGCUUUAAUAGAAAAGAAAAGAGCUCGAAAUAAUUAUUAUAGAAGGGAAGCAAGCCCAGAUAUUGAACUGAAUGAAAGUGACCUAAUGGGCGGUGAUGACUAUGAAUCUAGGAACACCAUUUUGAUCUGUGAUUAUGGUUUUAGGCGUAAAGCUCAACAACGAGCUAAAGAUUCACGUGAACAAAGGAAACGAGAAUAUAAUGCAGAAAAGGCGGCAAAUAUGCAAGAAAAGGUUAAUGCGUAUCAUUCAAAAGAACAAGAAACUAUGGAAAUGUUUAGACAGAUGGCAGAACAGCAAAGAAAAUCAGGGGGUGGGUUGUGGGGCCAGCCAAAUUUGUGA